AACACCGCGUACAGCCGCGUCCGUCCAACUCCUCCGACAGCAAGUGGGAGCAGCUUUCAUCAGACUGUAAAACAUGGACGGUUUCUAUUUUCUGUUCAAGUAACGGGAUUACACACCGUGGAUACUUUUCGCGCCUCUUUCCUUUGGACACUUCUUGAUUUUUUGUGCGCUGGAUGUGGACCGAGUUGAGGAGGGAUCCCCGCACACGUUCCUCGGUCGUUUGUGUAUAGGAAAUGGCAACUGCUCUCAGUGGCCGAAACCCUGGCGGACGUGGACCAAACAGAAGUAAGGGCCGGAUUUUAGGCAUCAUUGACGCCAUUCAGGAUGCCGUGGGGCCACCGAAGCAAGCGGUUGCCGACCGGAGGACUGUGGAGAAAACCUGGAAGCUCAUGGAUAAAGUUGUCCGGCUCUGCCAAAACCCCAGACUGCAGCUGAAGAACAGUCCACCAUACAUCCUGGAUAUCUUACCUGAUGCCUACCAGCACCUGCGACUUGUUCUGGGAAAAUAUGAAGAGAACCAGAGACUCACGCAGCUCAGUGAGAAUGAGUACUUUAAAAUCUACAUCGAUAGCCUUAUGAAGAAGUCCAAACGGGCCAUCAGACUCUUCAAAGAGGGAAAAGAGAGGAUGUAUGAGGAGCAAUCCCAGGACAGGAGAAACCUGACCAAGCUGUCGCUGAUCUUCAGCCACAUGCUGGCUGAAAUCAAAGCCAUCUUCCCUGGAGGACACUUUCAGGGGGACACUUUCAGAAUCACCAAAGCUGAUGCCGCUGACUUUUGGAGGAGAUUUUUUGGAGAAAAGACGAUUGUGCAAUGGAAAGUCUUCCGACAGUGCCUUCACGAAGUGCAUCCCAUCAGCUCAGGCCUGGAGGCCAUGGCCCUCAAAUCCACCAUCGACCUCACCUGCAAUGACUACAUUUCUGUGUUUGAGUUCGACAUCUUCACACGCCUCUUCCAGCCAUGGACAUCAAUUCUGAGGAACUGGAAUUUCCUGGCAGUGACGCAUCCCGGCUACAUGGCCUUCCUCACUUAUGAUGAAGUCAAAGCCCGACUGCACAAGUACAUCAACAAGCCCGGCAGUUACAUCUUCAGACUAAGCUGCACACGUUUGGGCCAGUGGGCCAUCGGCUACGUGACCAAUGAUGGCAACAUACUGCAGACCAUUCCCCACAACAAACCGCUGUUCCAGGCUCUCAUUGACGGCAACAGGGAGGGAUUCUACUUGUUCCCCGAUGGUCGCAGUUACAAUCCUGACCUCACUGGUUUGUGUGAACCGGCGCCUCACGACCACAUUAAAGUGACACAAGAGCAGUAUGAGCUGUACUGUGAAAUGGGCUCCACAUUCCAGCUGUGCAAGAUAUGUGCUGAGAACGACAAAGAUGUCAAGAUCGAACCCUGUGGUCACCUCAUGUGUACUUCGUGUCUUACGGCCUGGCAGGAAUCGGAUGGCCAAGGGUGCCCCUUCUGUCGCUGUGAGAUUAAAGGCACAGAGCCCAUCAUUGUGGAUCCCUUUGACCCUCGAAAUGAGGGCACCAAGUGCUUCUUCCUAGACCAGCACAGCUGCCCAAUAUUGGACCUGGAUGACGACGAAGAUCGCGAAGACUGCCUGGUCAUGAACGGACUGGCUAACAUCAGGAAGCAUUGCACAGAGCGCCAGAACUCGCCCAUGGUGUCCCCCAGCUCUUCACCUGUCAGCCAACACAGGAAAGCCCACGGGGGAGACCCCAGCCACUGCGGCCAGCACCUUAGCCUUCCCCCCGUCCCCCCAAGACGUGACCUCAUCCAUAAAAGUGCCAUCCGCUCUCCAUCUGCCAGUCCCACCAGCUCCCCGAAGUCUUCACCAGGCAUGUCCAGGAAGCAAGACAAACCUCUACCAGCCCCACCUCCUCCUCAGAGGGACCCACCUCCACCUCCUCCCCCUGAGCGACCCCCUCCUAUCCCCUUAGAAUCACGCCACUCUUGGCUCCCCAGUUCCUCUUCCUUGUCCUUUUCUAUGUCAUCUUCUACUAGUGCGCUGUCAGACACCCAGAUGCCUCCUGACACAAGGUGUCCCAAAGACAGCCACUUGGCAGAUGCCCACAGGACUGGAGUCGAAUACCAGCUCCAGCUGGGACCCGCUGGGUUCUCUCACCUGAACGGAAGACCACUCAGUUGUCCAUCUGGGGAAUUUGGGAGGUUACAUCACAGAAUGGAGGGGGCAGGGAACUCAGAGAGCUCCAAGCCCUUUUCUAAUGGUGUGCAAGGCAGCGAUGAGUACGACAUCCUUCCCUCGCGGCACUCACCAACUCAGCCCACACUUGCCAGUAGCCACAAAUCAUCCAAUCCCUUCAGCAGUCCUGUGGUAGAACGACAACGGGGAAUGAUCGAGAGGCUGGAGGACGACUAUCAGAUCCCGUCAUCCAACCUCUGCUUGAGCCAGGCUCCUAUCUGCAUCUCUGUGCCCAACAGGCACUUGGAGAACAGCCCUCCAGAGGCUUCCAUCAAGGAGAAGAGGCCCCUCUCCCCUGAGCCUGGUGGAGACUCUGAAUCAGCCAGGGGCCUGGUCUCUGUGACAAACCCCUGCCCCUUCAAAACCAACAAGACCCCCUCUGAUUACGACAUUCUGCUCCCUCCCCAAGCGUUAGAAGACUCCUUCAACAUUCAUCCUCCAUUCCAGUUUCCUCCACCUCCUUCUCCUCCUCCUCCUCCUCCUCCUCCUCCACCAGCGCGACACAGCUUAACCGAGCUCUCCUCUUCUUUACCGCCUUCAUCCUGCAACUCCUCCACAUCCUCCUCCUCCUCCUCUGUCAUCACUCGAUCACACCAGCCCUCCUCUGGACACGAGCACUUGCUUUUAACCCCCAACAUCCUGAACGGUGCUGCUCCUCUGCCUCCAUCCAGACGAUACGCUGACAGCGUUAAAGGCUCCAGAAGCUGCCUGGAGUACGACCAUUUACCACCCAGUCAAGCAUCGAUGGACAGUUUGCAGGCCCCUGCGAGGCCGCCCAAACCAUUUCCCAGGAAGCCCCCUCCAGACAGUCACCUGGGAAUAUCCCACAGCCCAGAGAAUGAGGACGCAAAGAUCGCCAAGCUGAUGGGGGAGGGUUACUCCUUCGAUGACGUGAAGCGGGCGCUGAUGAUCGCCCAGUACAAAGUGGAUGUGGCCCGACACAUCCUGCGAGAGUUUGCCUUAGUGACCCCGAGACUAAAUUUCGAGUCCUAAGAGACUAUGACAGGGGAGCACAACAAUUAAGCUGUGCCUCAAAAAAGGGCUUCUUUAUCCUGCUUGUCUCUAAGCGUUGGAAGAAACUGUGAUCAGUGGAAACAAAUGUUUUAAGAGACUUAUCGUUUGUUGUCGAACAGAGAUGGCAACGCACAACAAAGUGGCUAAAACCAAAUCAUGGCAGGACACAGAGACGUAAAAAGGGAGAAAAGACUAUCUGUGAAUAAUUUUAAUCUGUGAAACUAAAAAAAAAGACGCUUGUUGUUGUUUACAGUGAGCUUUGCUGGUGCUGGCCUCUGGUUUUCAAAUGCUCCUGUAUGAUGUGGGGCUUGGCCUGUAUGCCUGUUUUAAAGUCCUGAUCCUGCUGCUGCUACUGUUCCUUUCACAUCUCGACACUCUCCAGUCUUUAAAGUUUGAAGGGUCUUUCAAAAGCGCAAGACAUUUCCAGCUCAUCUCAGCUUACAUGCACAGCCAGUUGUUCGGGUCAGUUUCAUUCACCACCAGUCGGGGGAGCCAGACUCCACCGUUUCUCUUGUAUAACUCAUUUCCCUGUUUCUCUCUACAGUGUCUCCUGCUUUACCUAUUUCCUGCUUUUCUGUCCCUCAUGUAUUCCUCAUUAGAGAAUACGCUACUGUUUGUCCAGAGUCUGUUUUAUGCCUUAUUGAUUUCCUUGUUUCCCCCGACCUGGAGAAACUGUAUGACGGCUCCAGAGGAGCAGUCUUUUUAGGCUCUGUGUCUUACUCAGUAUUUAUAGUUUCAGUCUUUGGUUCUGUUCCUGGAACAGAGGAUUAAUGAGAUGGGACUUUGUAAGAUGAAUUCCUUUCUUUACAGCCAUGUGAAGCUAUGAAUGUAUUUGUUCUGCAUGAAUGAACUUCUCUGUGCACUCUUCUCAGGCCUUGUUAUGCCCUUGAAUGAUUAAGUGUUGGAAAAUGUUUAAUGUGGUAACAAAACAGAAAAGUGUGGCUUUUUUUCUUCUAUGGUAUAAGCCUGGCGAUUGUGGCAGCGUUUCAGCUGAAGCAUUUAAAUGACAGGAGUGAUCCUGUUGUGUAGAACAGCCAUCUGUUAGAACACAGAGAUGAUCAGCUCUGCAGCAUAACACCAGAGCCUCCUUUUUCCACUUACACAGUCAUCAUACGGUAACAAUGCCUGUAUUCCCGAGAUGUUUGAGGAAUAGCUGUCGGCCUGGCUUGGUGUUGGAGUCACUUGGUAGCAUUUUUCCUGAUGUAAAGUUUUCAACACAAUUGUGGGACCACAGUAGAGAUGAACAGAAUACUGCGGAGCACUGAAACUAUGAGACGAGUCAUGUACACGUUCCCUGUACAGAACAGGUGAAGGUAAAACGCCCUGACCUCAGAAUCUGGAAUCAGCUGUAUUUCUCCCCAGUGACUGCAAGAUGUCCCGUCUGUUCAGUUUAUUUCUGAGUUAAUAUGCAUGAGGUAGAUCCAGUAGUUUGACAUGAGACAGACGCUGAGGUGGAGCCUAAAAUCCAGCUUUUUGGGUCUUUUUUUCAUAGAAAUUAAUUCACUAAUAAUUCUGCGUUAUAAUUUGGAACUCUGUGAUAAUGUUGUUGUCACUAAAAUAAUUGUGUAGAUGUGGAGGUGGGAACACACUGACAUCAAUACAAAGUGUGACAGGUCAGGACAUAUGAGCAGUCAGAUGGUCAGACAAGUUGUAAACAAACCAGCAGAUGAUAAAAAUAAUUUGGUAUUCACUUUAUCAUUCUCUAUUUUCUUUCUAAAUAUAAUUGUCUAGUCUGUUGGGCUGUUGCAGAAAUGUCCUGUCAUAUGAACACUGUUCAGGACUGUUGCUGAGUUUCCAGACUGCUGCAGUUUGCAGAGUUGUUAUGACAAAUGGACACGAUGAGCAAAAAUGUAGAAAUAAGAAAAAAUGAAAUCCUUAAAAGUCACACAUAUUUGCUAUGAGUUAUAUUUAAAUAUGAAGAUGUCUUGGUAGUAUUUGCUACCAUAACAGUUACAACUGGAAGAUGUAAGAAAAGACAAGACUGUGUGUCAGACUGUCCAGGAAACAGUGGACUAACACAAACACUGCUCACCUGCUGGGUUGUAAAUAGAUCAAACAGACAGAAAACUCACAUUAAAUCAGAUCAGAAUAAUUCAAGUGAUGGGAUUUUUUUCUCACAGAGGGGCUUUAAACUCCUGACUGACUUAGUCCCUCUGUGAGCUGGGCUUCUCAGGGAGCAGAUAACGCAGGUCAAAGUUUCUAUAAGUUGGAUGCAAAAUGGAAAUGAAAAGAUUCAUUUGGAGCAUCCUGAUGUUACAUCAGGAACAUUUCCAUCCACCUCUAUUCACAAUGUCACAGCAUGAUUCCAAGCAUGAAAGCACUUCAGCUGACUUUAGUGGUGUGUUCAUGGACUGGAACAAGUCAGGGAUCCUCAGAGGCCAAUUUACGAUACCAUAAUUACGUAUGAGGUUAUCUUAGCCUGGAUCCUAAACGUCUCAAGGUAAAGCCAGGUUACUGUAGGUACUGGGUUAACAAAUGGAGGCUGUGUCCAUGUAAACAGUGAGUAUGGCUGUGUGCCAACCAUGGGGAAGAAAAUAAAACAAUGUAGUGUCAUAAAGAC